UGAACGCGUCGGACGACAGUCCUUCCGCGGAUUGCGGAGGUCGUGUUGUCUAUUGCCUUGUGUGCUCGAUAUCCCUUCCUUCGUUAUCCUCUCAGUUCUCGACACACGGUUCUCGCGAGACAUAGUCUCGAAGUGAGUCUUCGCGUGACACAACCCGCCGCGAAGUUACACACAAAGAAAGAGAAGGAGAAAGAGAGAAAAAGAGGAGCGGUGACAGAGAGAAACAGGAGCAGCGCCAGGAACUGGUCGUCACUCCGCUACUCGUUGCUUCCCUUUGACGGCAAACGUCUGUGCACGCGCGCGAGAAGACUGAUAUUUUCGGAUAUUCCGCCGUGUAUCUCGCCUUCGCUGUCGUGUCGUGUAACAAGUUUCUCCGUUGUCAUGUCCUUCAGCGACGUUACCGUUUGCAUUGCCGGCUGUCAUCGGCCCUCGUGAAGAUUUUUUGUUGCGCGAAGCGAACGUUACGUGCGCGAGAAAUACCGUACACACACUUUCGUAGGUGAAACCGAAUCCGCAAACACACGUGCGGUAAAUCAAAAGCACGUUCCCGGGAAUCCACUGUACAAUUAUAAUCAAAAAAACACACAUGCGAGAAGGUAUACUAUCCGAUUUUUGAAUUGUAACUGACCACCGUGAUUGGCGAGCGAGAGUCACGUGAUACGCUUGAAUUUGGCGCAGAACACUCGCGAUCGCAUUUCCGAAUCCUUCCGAUUACUCACGACGAAUCGCGAGUGUGUUUAAUAGGCUUUAGCGUAGUGUUAGUUAAAGAUACGCACUCGAACAAUUCCUCGUGGCUUCGAAGGACACUCUCGAAGGACGUUUUUGGAGAGAGACGCGAAGAUUUCGGUGAGUGAAUGACAUUCGCUGAAGGAAGAGACUGUACGUUCACGAGACAUUCUCGUGAGACGGUCGAACGCGGUGACAAUUAAAAAAGUCGCGCGCGAUAUGUUCGCUGUAGUCCUUGCGAUAUCAGACGUUCUUUGUUGCGAUUUUGGUUAUUUAGUUGGUAAACAAAAAUAGGACUUUGAUUUACCCUUCGCGAAGUCGAACGUAAUAAACAAUAGGCUACAACGAACGAAUCACGUGACGCGUUUGAAUUUUGACUUUGAGUAACUUUAAAAACAAGUCUGCUACUAAACAUCAAAGUGUAUCGCACAUGAGAGUGAAUCGCGCUUGUUCUCGUUUCUCGAAACGAUCGAGUGUAAAUCUCGCGACGAUUUCGCGAAAGUGCGUUCUCAUCGACGCGACCGGUUGCCGCGAGUGAAUUGCUGUUGGACAUGCUAAUAAAUUGCACUGAUUGAACAUACGACUGCAACUUCGGACCGUUCAAGAUCGUCGAAGAUGCUGAGUUCAAUUUGUAGAUAUCCGCGAAUCUGCAACGAGACGAGUUCGAGCGUCCCGACCGUCCGCAGUUUCUUGUCGUUCUCACCACCACUGCCUCCUCUAAUCUUGUGAAAACCAGCGUUUUAUCUAUAAUUGCAAUAUUCUAUGAAGUCGACGUACAACGGUGUCAGUACGGAAGAUCGAUCGUCGAUCGUCAUCGCCAGUUCGACGACAUACGGAUCUGUCGCAUUACUUGCUCGUUCUCUAGAUGAAUCAACGUGAUCUACCGUGGAGCCUACGAAGAAGAACGCGAGUCGCACCGAUCAUCGAAUCAUGUACAAGUUGUUGCGUCGCGGCUCCGGCCGCAUCUUUGUCCUCGGUAUCGUAGUGUUGUCGCUCUUGCUGUGCCUAUACUACGUCAGCCAGGUCCAGGCGCCGUCGUCGGGCCACCCCGCCGCCGCUGCUUUGCUGAACGAGGAGCUCAGAUACGACCGCAGCUUGACCUCCAUCACUCCGGAUUUCAACGAGUCGCCCGACGCCCAGGUGACGCUCGCCACCUGUCCCAUAAUCGUACCGCGAAACGCCGAUAUCGACGCUCAGCAGGAGUUCAGCAAGUUCGACUUUCAGCCCUCAUGGAUGCGGAGUCGAGAAUAUUGGGACGACAGUUUUGAGGCGCGCUUUGCGGAGCUGCGGAAAGACCCGACGAGGCCACCCUUGAAGGUUAUUCUCGUGCCUCACAGCCACACCGAUCCCGGAUGGCUGAAGACGUUCGAACAAUACUUCCACAGCUCGACGAGAAGCAUUCUAAACAACAUGGUCUCGAAGCUGCAGCAGUGGCCGAACAUGACCUUUAUCUGGAGCGAGGUUUCGUUCUUAUCACUCUGGUGGGACAGUGCUCACCCGACAAAGAAGAUGGUCGUGAAGAGAUUAGUUAAGGACGGUCGUCUGGAGAUGACCACCGGAGGAUGGGUAAUGACCGACGAAGCGACCUCCCACAUUUAUGCCAUGCUGGACCAACUUAUCGAAGGUCACCAGUGGCUGAAGACGAAUCUCGACGUGAUCCCCGAGUCGGGCUGGUCCGUCGAUCCGUUCGGCCACGGCGGCACCAUACCGUAUUUCCUCAAGGCGUCGGGCGCGUCCGGCACAGUGAUCCAGCGAAUACACUAUGCCUGGAAACAAUGGUUCGCCAAGAAACAGUACGGUGACUUUGUCUGGCGGCAGCCAUGGGAUCGCGCGGGCACCGCCGACAUGCUCACCCACAAUCAGCCGUUCGACAUUUACAACAUCAAACAUUCGUGCGGUCCGCAUCCGCAUGUAUGCCUGAACUUCGAUUUUCGCAAGAUACGCGGCGAAUACACCGAGUACUCGGUGCGCGCCGUCGAGAUCACACCCAACAACGUCAAGCAGAUGGCCGAGCUGCUGCUGGAGCAAUACGCGAGAACCGGCUCCUUGUUCACUCACAACGUCGUAUUGAUGCCUCUUGGCGACGAUUUCAGAUACGAUCACGCGAUCGAGUGGGACCAACAGUACACCAACUACAAGAUCCUGAUGGACUACAUAAAUAGUCGCAGGGACGAGUACAACGCCGAGGUGGUGUUCGGCACGCCGAAGGAUUAUUUCCGUGAGAUACAAAAACGAGUGGACAAGUUCCCGUCGCUAACGGGUGAUUUCUUUGUGUACUCGGACAUCUUCAGCGAAGGCAGACCGGCUUACUGGAGCGGCUAUUUCACCACCAGGCCGUACAUGAAAAUUUUGGACCGCGAGCUCGAGGCGAAUCUCAGAUCCGCUGAAAUUCUCUACACGAUCGCGCUGAAUCUUGCCAAGCAAUCUGGCAAAGAUAUCAAAAUUUACGAGACGUACUUCGAGAAGCUCGUGAAGGCUCGUCGUAAUCUCGGUCUGUUUCAGCAUCAUGACGCGAUCACUGGCACAUCCAAAUCCUUCGUCAUGAAGGAUUAUGCGCUGAAGCUGUUUGAGUCGAUCUCCGAUACCACAGGUUUACAAAGCUUUGCCAUUCAAUCGCUGGCAGCUGUCACUAACAACGGCAAAUCGAAUUCCGUUUAUGUGUUAGCCGAGUCGGACAGAGACAGUUACGAGAAAUUACCGAAAAAGAUACCGAUCAGCGCGAACGGCCGCGAAACCAAGAAGAUCGUUCUCUUCAAUCCGCUUGCGCAAGCCAGACAGGAGGUGAUCACUCUCAAGAUCACUUCGCACAAGAUCAAAGUCUUAGAUCCUCAGAGAAAUCCCAUAGCUUAUCAAAUUGCGCCGGUGAUGAACGCCACGAGUAUCACGCACGAUGUGUACGUGCUGCUCUUUGUGGCAGAGCUAAAACCUCUAUCGAUCGCCACGUAUCAUCUACAGCAAGUCGAUAAGGUACCCGUCGAGGCUAUCUCAACAGUAUACUGCAGCCGUUGCGGCAAGGAUAACGUUUUUCCUAUCAAGCCCAUGCAAGUGGGCGACGUGCAGCUAGAGAAUCAGCGAAUGAAGCUGCUGUUCGACGGACAGACGGGCUUCUUGAAACGCGUGACGAAGAAAUCCACCGGCAAGAUCAUGCAGUGCGCGAUACAGUUUGCCGCGUACCCCUCGGCUCAAUUUCACAGCGGUGCCUAUCUCUUCAUGCCGGAUCCGAAUCUCCGGGACACCGACAAGGAUGUCUUGGAAGCAUACACGCCGCAUCAGAAGAUCUACAUCGUGAGCGGCAGCCUAAGCUCCCGGCUCACCGUCGAGUACGGCAAACUGUUGACGCAUCACGUGGCCAUCUACCAUCACGAGGGUGGUCUCAGCGAGGCCAUCUAUUUGCGCAAUAUUGUGGACUUCGAGACACCGCCCAAGAACCGCGAGACGGAGAUGUUUAUGCGUCUACAGACCGACAUCUCCAAUGGCGACACGCCCGAAUUCUACACCGAUUUGAAUGGACAUCAAAUAAUCAAGCGUACGAAGAUCGAGCGUAUCGGAAUCGAAGGCAACUACUUCCCCAUCACGACCAUGGCCUAUAUUGAGGACACGAGUCACAGGCUGACCUUACUGGUGAACCAUGGCCAGGGCGCGGCCAGCUACCAGCCAGGUUGGUUGGAGGUAAUGUUGGACCGCAGGACUCUAUACGACGACUCGCGCGGUAUGGGCGAGGGUUUACUUGACAACCGACGAACAGUAAUCAAGCACUGGUUGCUGCUGGAGGACAUUAACGGCGAGAAGGAUAAAUACUCGAGACCGUCGCUGUUUGCCAAUCAUUUGAGCAACGCUCUCAACUAUCCGGUAAACAUCUUCGUGGUGGAUGGCAGUGAACAAGAAGUCACAAUGACGCCGGAAGUGCGAUUAUUGAGUCAGAGCUUUCCGUGCGACCUCCAUCUGCUCAAUCUGCGCACCAAUCAUGAUCAAAAGCUGCCGCACUUUCCAGUGAAUAGCGCACUUAUGGUGCUACACCGACAAGGCUACAGCUGUUCCGUAGGCAUCGACGUGAAGCAAAAACACUGUCCACUUAUCGAGAGAAUUGCACAAGGUACCGCGUUCUAUAAGCUUGAUAACGUCAACAUCACGAAGACGUCGCUGACCGGCACGAGACCGGGCGGUCGUCUCAAGAACGGUCUUCAGGAUAUUGGUCUGCAACCGAUGCAAGUCGAGACGUACAACGUGAACUUCGUGCAAUGAUCCUAAGCCAAGUUAAUUGUAGAUUCUCUCGCGUUUGUGUUGAUCGGACGAUGAAAUUCCAUAAGUGCGCGAUUACGCCUUCUGAAUAGCACUGCCGAUAUAAUCGUACUAAAUACUACCUCUUUGACUCUUCGUAUAACGCGUGACUUUAUCCGCGCAACAAAGGAUAAAAGCAAAAGCGUAGAUAAAUAAUUUGCAGGAAUUAAUAAAAUAUCGUGCAAUGGAAUGCGACAGAAAAAAAACUAAAUAUUUUCCACAUCGAGGAUAAUUUAUAGGCAAAUCUCGAUCCAAAUAUUUCGCGUCGAUUGUAUUGUCUUUUAUUGGGAAAAUUUUAUGGAAUGAAAGGUAGAAUGAAUGUGUAUUUGUAAAUGUUUGAACUAAUAUACAUAUAUAUAUAUAUGACAUAAUUAAUCAUUAAGUAUAAAUGAUAAACGUAUAACACGUGUGUGCGUGCAUUAUAAUUGUACAUAUUGCUCCCCUAAGUGUAUAAUAUACAUUUUAUUAUUAAAUAAAACUGGGAGGAGAGGAAAAGGGAAGGGAAGAGGAAGAUAUAAAAAUAUAUAUAUAUAACAUAUACAUAGACACAUUAAUAAUUUACUCCACAUACUCUUGGAGUGUGAGAAAACUAAUUAAUAUAGAUGUGUAUAUUCACUUGAAAGAAUUGUGAAUACAUUUCACAAGUGUAAGUUUUUUUUUUUCACGGAAGAAAGAAAGAAAAUCCGCACGCAUGGUGAUAAAGAUACGAAAAAGGGGCCAGAGAAAGGUUUAGGCCUAUAUAUAAUAUAUUAUAUAUAUAUAUAUACAUAUACACACAAAAAAGAUUAAAAUUUUAUUAUAGUAGUAUAAACGAACAGAGACUGAGAUCCAGUUGCGAUUUUCUUUUAUAU